AUGAGAAGGUCAGGCUGGAUAGCAAAGUGCGAGGGCGGACUUGUAGACCACCUAGGUAUCUUGUGUGAUAAGGAACGAAAGGCUGCUUCCUUUUCUCCAAGGAAGCGAGAUUUAUAUGCUCCUAUUGCAUAUCAAACUGACUGUUCAGAUCUGUUGCAACACCACCACACUGCAACGAUGCUCACAACCACAACCCCUAUCCUCCUCCUCCUCCUCCUCCUCCUCCUCCUCCUCCCAACUCUCACAUCCGCCCUUACCCUCUCCGAACCGUUCAAACCCCCCGACAACCACCACCACCAACAUGUCCUCUCCACCACCACCACCACCACCACCUCCAACAACAACAACAACAACAACCAGAACCCCCCCCCCAUCCCAGGCUUCAUCUCCCUCGGCGACAGCUACUCAGCCGGCAUCGGCACCCGCCCCGACCUCCCCUCCCCCUCCCCCCCCUGCCGUCAAGGCCUCGGAGCCUAUCCCCACCUCCUCGCCUCCUCCCUAAACCAUACCACCUCCCAUCAACACCAAUGGCUCUCCUGCACAGGCGCAACAACAAACGACAUCCUCUCCUCCCUCCCCCCCUCCCCCUCCACCUCCCAAAUCGACGCCUUCAACCUCACCUCCCCAACCUUUGCAACCCUGUCCAUAUCCGGCAACGACCUCGACUUCUUCUCCCUCCUCAACGCAUGCAUCUUCCGCUUCUACGGCCCCUUUUCCCCUUCCUCGUGCGACUCCGCCCUAAAAACGGUCUCCUCCAUCCUCCUCAACGAUCAAAAACUCCGGUUGCGUAUCAGGCUCCUCCUGCUGGAGAUAUUGAAUAAGAUCCCCUGGGAGAGGCACCCGUCUUUCUUCAUCACCGUCACUGGCUACGCGAGGUUCUUCAACGAGAACACCACUGCGUGUGAUGAUGUUUCGUUUGGGAUCUGGGAUGUUUCCCACACGGCCGCGGCGGCGAAAUUGACGAGGGACAUAAGAGGGAAGAUGAACGAUUUGGUGCUCAAAGCCAAUGAUUUGAUAAGGGGGAUGAUAGAGGAGGUGAAUGCCUCUUUUUCUGGUAGCGGGAAGAGAAAAAAAGUCGUUUUUGUCGAUCAUGACAGCCUGUUUGAUGGGCAUCGGUUUUGCGAGCCUGGGGUGGCAAAAGAGCCGGAUUAUGAGAGGAGGGAGACGUGGUUUUUUUUGCCGGGGGGUGGGGAUGUUGACGGGGAGGGGAGGGUUUAUACUUCUUUGCGGGAAGAAAACGAAGAAGGGGUGGGAUACUACUACCUCGACCCGGAGCGCUGCUGGGAAGAGGCGGCGGAAAGGGGGGAUUGGGGGGAGAAGGCUGUUUGCUUGAUGGCCAAGGCGAAGAGGGAAGAUCCGGGGUUGAGGUUGAGGGUGCAUUAUAGGCGUGGGGUAGAAAAGGGGGAGGGGGUUUGGAAGGGGUGGACGACGACAACAACAACAACAACAACAAAACCGGGGGAUUCAAUGAGGUUGACGCCGACGUAUUACGGCAAGACUUUUCAUCCUGUGAGUAACAGUCUCCAUACCUCCCUACUUACACUUUCAAGACAUGGAUGA